AUGGCAGUCCAGUGCCUUCUACUCCUUGCUUGCGUGCUGGUCUUGGCUGCCCCAGGCCACUCCGUGCCUGCACAAACCCUACACGGCUUCAAGAAACCUCCCUCCAACACUUCGACCAGUGCUCUGAAGAAAACCAGUUGGCCUAAGGACUGCAGUGAGGUCUCUGCUGGCAGCCCCAGUAGUGUCUACAUCAUCCAGCCCACAGGACUGGACCCCAUCGUGGUGUACUGUGAAAUGACUGAGCCAGAAGGGGGCUGGACGGUCAUCCAGAGGAACCGGCAGAGCACAGAGAUCACCUGGGCUGAGUCCUGGAGCACCUACAAGUACGGCUUUGGGGAUGUGCACACCGAGUACUGGCUGGGCACUGAGUACAUCCAUCACAUCACCAAGCAGAAGGUCUACCAGGUCAGAUUUGUCAUCUGGGAUGCCACAGACAACAUCCAUUUCGCAGACUACAACCUCUUCAGUGUCGAAGAUGAGCCCCACGGCUACCGGCUGAGGCUGGGAUCCUACUCAGGGUCAGCAGGGGAUGCCAUGACCUCAGACAAUCCCAGGAAGGUGCACAACAACAUGAAGUUCUCCACAAAGGAUCGGGAUCAGGACACUUACAGAGGGAACUGUGCCUCCCGCUAUGGGGGUGGGUGGUGGUAUUCAGCCUGUUAUUCUGUACGGCUGAACGUCAAGGGGGGCAUAACGUGGGGCAGCCUGUGCAAAGGGAACUGCAAAGCUUCUGCCAUCCUCAUCAAACCAGCUCUGUACCAUUAGUAUCCUUUCCCCCACCGUCAGCAUUGGGCAGACAUAGGGAGGCAUUUUUCUGGCCUGGGGGUGAAAAGGCUUUUUCCUGUAUAUAAAAAGCUGUUUUCUUUUCCUUUUCUCUUGAGCAAUACCAAAGUCCCAUGUUUUCUCUGGCCUGUGGUGGGUUUGUAGGGAUCAUUGUUGGGACAAGUCUUUAUAAAUGCUGUGGUUUCCAAGCGUGUUCCUUCUGGGGAGAAAGCUGUGCUCUGAAACCUAAACCCCUCCUGAUCCAGCCAGGUCUUACUCUCUUUGCUUUGUGGGUAUAGAUAACUUCAGCAGCAAACUAUCAGUCAUCACUAGCUAACCUGCUGUAGGCUGCUCUGAGCCCAGGCAGGCCAUGUACACACCAUAUC